AUCUAAUCUAAAGCAUAAUCCUUUUACCGAAUCGUGUCUUGUAAAUGUUGGCCAUACGUUAAUGAUAUACAGGGAUAGCACGACAACUGAAUAUGUAAGUCAUAUAUAUAAGUAGAUUUGAGCAACAAAAAAAUAGCUAGACCUAGAGACUGCGAGAUUGAAUUAAAACAUAAUUGAUAGCUUGACAUGUACCAUAGCGUAUUAUGUAUGGUUUGUCGUUUACAGGAGUUGUGGCGUCAAAGGACCGCGCCUUGUGUAGCAAACACCUGCUUUUCUGCGCGGAUUAGAAUUUAUUCCUAGAAUUACAUACAUUACGAGAGGUCUAACACUUUUAAAUAUUUAGACCAUUCUAUUUUAGACGUAGAUAGAGUUCGACCCCCAACCCCCACCCCCCACACACCACCCCAUCCUUCAAUCGCGAGUAAUUAGACUACUUAAAUUUUCAAAAUGAUUUAUUAUCUUUGCCACACCUACAAACAAUUUGAAUUCCUUAGAUUAUACUCAAAUGUUCAGACAAUGAAUUGGUGAUUUGAUUUAAAUUGGAAAGUAUAACCUAAGCUUAUGAAAGCAUUUAUCAGGUGAAAAUUAGUGUCAAGUGUCCAAACCUAUAUUAUUUCAGGUGUUAUUUAAAUAAUCAUUUUUUUUUUUUCAAAAAAAGUUUGAACAUGCUCGAAUUGAUUGCAUUUUCAUCAAAUUAAUUUCCAUGACAUCAAACCAAGUCUGAUGUAUCUAAAAAUGUGCGAUCUCGAGAAAAGGAAGUACAUUAACACUAUGUCCCUAUUCAUAUUAAACCUUGUUGCAACAGCUAAUAAGGAAGUUGUGAUCAAAGGAGCUCCGAGUCAUAAAUUGCUAUAUGAAUCAUAAUAUAGACUUUUAAGUAAAUUAUUACCUGAAGUCGAACCUGAUUGAAAUAACGAAAACUGUCUCUAACCUCAACUCCCAUACCAAGAAAAAAAGCAACAUAUUAUAUUGAAAAUAAAUUUUAAUGAAUGAAUACAGUAUAAAGUAGCCGAUCUUAUCUCUAAUUGAUCAUAUGCAUUUAAAUUUAAAUUAUUUGAAAUGUUGUGUCUUUACCCCUUAUCAGUACAUUCACUGGACUGUAAAAUGUAACAAUCAUAAACUACAGAAGAUUGUACUUAAGGACACACAAAGCAAUGCUAUUUAACCCCUAUGAAAUAAUAUGUAAAAGAGUCACUCUAAAUAAGGAAAUUAAGGUAUUGUAAAAUUUCAAGUUUACUUUUUUUUUAGCUUCUCGAAGACAUUUAGUUUUUAUCUAAAAAGCACAAUUUCUCAUUGUAAUUAUUAGAUUUUUGUUUAUUCAUACUUUACUUGUACGAUUUUUCAGAUGCUACAACAGAUGCACCGUGAUAGAAAAUCAUGACAUUAGUAUUUUCAUGGAUUUUGUUCAUUUUGGUACAGUCUGUUACCUACAAUGCAGCGCAAUGUAAGUUGAAGUACUCACCAAAUCUGUUCUAAUUUUAGAGAAACGUGCAAGAAAAAUUAUCUCAAAAAUUUUAACAAAAAGUAUUAUGUUGUUGAAUGAUAGCUAAAUUAAGGUCAAUUGGUAUCAAAUACCAUUAUUUUUAAUGCGUCAAUUAUUAAUUUCAUGUAAGAAAAGUAAACUGCUUGCUUUUUAUUUGGGGAAAAGCUAAUUUAUAUUCGUUACAUUAUUUUGUAGGAUGGUAAUCACAUGUGUUUGUUAAGAAAAAAUUAUAAUGUAAAAUGUAUUUUAGUGAAUUGUUUUUUACAUUUAUUAUAAGAUAAAUAAUGCCCUUGAACCAUUGGUCUAUAACAGUAUGCGAUACAAAAGACCGCUUCAACAACACCUGGUUUGGUUCUGAUUGCCAGUACAAAUGUCACUGUAAGAACAAUGUAGCUUGUAAUGUUACUAAUGGCGACUGUCCUAAUGCAUGUGAUAUCGGAUGGUUCGGUCCAGCUUGUCAGUACGGUAGGGCAAUUUUAAUUACAAAACUUAUUUCAAAACUUUAAAUCCUUAUAUUUGGGACUUUUUCUUAGCCUGAACCUGUCUCCAGCCUUACACUCUCCCUUAGCAAAAUACCUAGUGCUAACCCUUUGAUUCUUAUUAAAUAUCAACAUAUAAAAAAAUUUGGCAUAACACAUUAGUCUGACUUUAAGACUUAUGUCUAGCUCACCAUAUCAUUAUAAAACAAUACCCAUAUCUUAAUGUUCUUUAAAACGUAUCUCUUCCCUACCCUUCAAUCACUUAUAACUUCAACCUCUUCGUGUCCAUAAUCUCUCUUACCUCAACCGUUUUCUAAACACUUUCUCCUCUUUUUUCACCAUAUCUUGCUGCACAUUCUAUAAAUCACAAGCAAUUUACAUAAUUAUUAUCAUUUAUAAAUAAAAAGUUUCAUUUAAUUAUAGCCUGAAUAUUAAAGAAUAACCUAAGAAUAUAAGUAAUUUAAAAAAUAAAAAAAAGCAGUGUACAUUUCAUAAAAUGUAGACGCUAACAUCUUCUUUAUUUUACUUCUAAGAAUAAAAUUGAAACUUUCCAUUUAGAGUCAAAGUAUAUAUAUAUAUAUAUAUAUAUAUAUAUAUAUACACAGAACAAAAUGGCGGUACGACAGGUAUGAACGACAUGACAGAACAACAAUACGUAACAAAGUGACAUAGCAAAUUGACUGUGCAAUGAGGCGAAAUAACAUACGCAGCAUCCUGACGCAAUAAUGUAACGGAACAACGUGAUGUGACAAAGUGAAGAAACAAAGUGCGGCACCUUGAUUAUAACAAGAAAUAACACACUACCUACAUAUUUUAACAAUAGCAUAUAUGUCUUUGUUUGAUAUUAAUUAAGGCAUUGAACAUAUGCAAUGUGCUACUAGAUUUGACUGAUGCUGCCAAAUUAUUUUGAUAAUCCUAUCAUAUAUUCAUAAAAGAAUGACCUAGGCCAGCUUUUGACAAACUCAUUAGUCAAAAGAGAUACAAAUCAGCAACAGGUUGAUACAAAUUUUUGAGAGCCAAAUUAUGUUCAAGAAACUUUCAAGUACCAUGUUUUUUCGGAGUCAAAUCCAAUUUUUUUGGAGUCAAAUCCAAAUUGUAGCUGAUUGGCCGAGCCGAAAUCAGUUUGCUAAAGAGAACCGCAUGCGGCUCGAGAGCCGCGAUUUGUCGACCACUUAGCUAGACUAACCACAUAACGCCGAAGAAACGAAAAGUUUGAAAUAUUUCGGUUUGUUGAAAACAAUGAAAGUGAUUUUCUAUUAUUUUACGGGAAUCAAAAAAAAAAUGUCAAUGUGCUAAAAAAAUUAAAAAAUUAGCUUUUAUUUUAAUUUAUAAUAAUAAUAAUAAAUAUAAUUAUAAAAAUAAUAAAGCUUAUUUGAAAAUCACGCUUCAUUCGCAAAGGCUCGAAGCGCAGUACAAAGUCGAACAUAUUAAUAGAGAAAUGAAACAAUCUAUAUUAUACCACAUUUAAAAAUACAAAACGCAACACUACAAAAACUACAUACCAGGAUACCAAAUCAAAAGUCGUUCAUCCCCUGCAACCAUAAACAACACAAGCCAAUCAAAAUCGAGGUUAAGUUGUUUGCGCUAACUGAUUGGACCAGAUUUGUCAGUUAGGAGCGGAACCAUCUCAGGACGGUAUCGGUGAAACCGAAAGAUUUUUGCAGACGUUGGAGAAGUAUGCCGUGGUCAGGCGUAUCAAACGCUGCCGAUAGAUCAAGCAACGACAAAAUGGGUUACCUGGUCCUCACCACAAGACGACAGAAGGUCAUUUACGACGCGCAACAAGGCUGUCUCAAUAGAGUGAUGCGACCUGCAUGCUGACUGGAAAGGCUGAAUCAAGUCACACUGAGUGAGGUGAUCCAAGAGCUGGCGGAGAACGACUUUUUCUAAAAUUUUGAAUACAACUAGUAGAUUAGGGGGGGGGGGCAAUAAUUUUCCAACAUAUUUUUGUCGAGAUUUGCUUUCUUGAGCGGUGGAGUUACACCUCCCCUUUAAAGAGGAUGGAACAAUACAAGUUUUCAAAGACAGUUUAUGAUACUGGUUAUGAUCGAGACAAUGUCAUCCAAAAAUUCGUAUAACAGCCCAUCCACGAAGAGGCUGGAGCAAACAUGAAUUUCUUGGGGUGUCCAUCGGGAAUGUUUUCAAAAGCGAUUCAGUGACAUCAGAAAAUUUGCUCAUAGGUGUGCCGUUAAACUGCAAGAACUCGGGUGCAUCAGUAAAAAUGUUAAGUCUCGUCCUGAUCUUCGUCACUUUUAUAAUAAAGAUCUCAUUUAGGGCGUCUGACAGCUCACCUACAGCAAUUAUUUUUGGCAAAUGAUGUAUCCUUCUUUUUACCGGUAUGAUGACCCACAAUACGAAAUAAGUUCCUUCUUGAACUAUAAUUGACAAUUUGGUGACUGAAAUGUUCAGUCCAAGCUGCAAGGAGCAAAUUCUUCGUUUGUUUCUUGAGAUCAACAAAGAUUUUCCAGUGCACGAUGAAGCCAGACUUACAUUUGUGUUCUGCACGUCAUUGCUUCUGCUUUGCGUCCUUUAUUUCUGACAAUAGCCAUGGGGUAAAAGGGCUGUCCGUAACAAGCCGUGUGAAAAGUAGUGGAAGUUUGUCUAAAAACACUCUGAGGCCACUGUUUAAGUCUGUCGCAGGGUCUAAUUCACUGCACCUGAGUGUGGCGACGUCAAAUUUGAAGGCCACUAGAUCUAUCCGUCGGAGGUCACGGGAUGUGACUGUUCGCAAGUCAAAGUAAAAGGUUUUUGGAAAAUGAUCAGAGAUCACUUUGUUCUCAAUAAUGAGGUUGCGAAUCAUAUGUGCAUAUUUUUCUCUGACAACUAUCGAAUCGAGUAUGUGGCUUCGCUUCUGUGUCGAAACACUGACACGUUGAGUCUUUCAGUGUGUGUUAAGAUCUGAUUUUAAUCGGAAACAUAUUCCAAUGUGUUCGGGAUUCCACGGGAAAAUGUUUCCACAGGGCAAUAGAUCAGAUCGAAAAAAGGGAUCCAUUUUGGAACUGAAUACUAACAACACCACAAAGGGAACGGAAUCGCACCAUAAUCCUAUUUGAGAUCGGGAUCCGAUACUGGUACAUUGUAUUUUAACAGGGAGAGGAUCCCACUGGGGAUCAUGAUCUGAUCGUAUUUGAUAAGAGUGUUUUAGAAAAGAGAAUUUAACUCUUUCGUUUUUUACCUUUAGUAAUGAGAAUUUUGCUUACUGGCUACUUAAUUUCGAAGUUAUCCGAAAGGCUGUAAAAAUGUAUUGUUUUUUUUUCAAAAUUCCAAAUGCAAUAGCAAAAGUUACCGGGUACAUUGGCUAACGUAUAUACUCGCAUAUAAGCCGAAUUUAGAACUAUAAAAUACAAUACUGAAAUAAGGGUUUUCUUAUCUGCGCAUAAAACAAAAUGGACACAAGGACAGACACGCAUGUCAAUUUUCCAGCCACACAUUUUCAUCGCUAUCUGACUCUUUAUAUACAGUUAUUAUUAUAGCAAACAAUGUGGAAAGAGCAGAACACGUUUUUGUGUCAUUCAAAAGUUAAACAAACUGGUAUGUAACCUAAAAGUAAGCAUUUGACAUCUUUACAUUAGUAAAUUUCUAUGAACCAAAAAUAUGGAGUAAAAUUAGACAAUUGUAUGGUCGGCUUAUAUGCGUGUUUUUGUCAAAACUGGCCAUUUUAAAGCAGUUUUAGGGGGUUGGCUUACAUGCGAUGUAGGCUUAUAUGCGAGUAUAUACGGUAGUUAUAAUAUAUGUUUUAAACAGCAUAUUUUUUCAUAACAAAUAUUUUUACAUUUUUUCAGCGGAUUUAGCUAAUACUGCGAAACUUAUACUUAGCGACGGGGCCUCCAAAGAUAUAACAAAUAUUACAGAUGGAGAUGAUACAACCUGUACCGAUCUUACAGUUUCUAGUUUCUGGCUUCGUAUAACCUGGAAUUUUAACAUCUACUUCACGUGGUUGAGGCUUGUAGUCAGUAUUGCUGGUACUUAAAUUAUAUUUGAUUUGUAUUUCUUGGAUUAAUCUUUAAUUUGUCAAUGUGUUGCUCAUUCUUUAUUUGUUCCCUUAUUUUCACAGACAAUUUAAGUCAUGUAUAAUAAAUUAUAUUUUUUGUCCUGCAUGUUUAGAAUCCCAAAGCGAACGUUUUUCAAUAAAGUUUCCUGAUAACGUCCCAACACAAAAUUCGGAAUGCAUAAAUGUGUUUAUUGACAAAAUAACAAUGGACAUUUAUUGCAACAUUUCAAAGCCCCUAAACGAAAUAUUCUUGAACGGAUCGGCAGUAAGCACAAUAUGUUCACUUUAUAUCAGCAAAGGUAAAAUUUUAUAAAUCAUAAUUUUAACCUAUAAAUCAAAAUUUUAUAUUUAUUGUUCAAAUGAAUUGUAAUAUUUUAAUGAAAUUUUAAAUUUAUUUACUAUUGGAGACAGAGAAACUAUUUUUUAAUAAAUUAAUAUACAUGUAUUUACUCAUACAUUUAUAUCUGUUCAUUCCCCUUUUAUAUACAGGAUAUAUUAAAAUUACAAAACAAUUUAUUUUUUAUUACUUAUUUACAUUAUUGUAAAUAAAAUCUAUUGAAGACAAAAUAUAUCUUUUUAAAGGUUCUAAUUUUAGUUUAGUACUAACUGACUAGAGCACUGAAUAAAAGAGCUCAUAUAUCUCCAUUAAACUUAUUUGCAAACUAUGUGACCAGUCAACGGAAUUUUGAGAACGCCUUUGAAAGAAGACACAAUGAUAUACUCUAUAAAGUUAGUUCGUAAAACAGGACACACAAAAAUUUGAAAUUUAGGCCAAGAUAAGGCGACUAGGACACAUAAUAAAAGACCUUGCAGAAAUUAACAACUGGCCCCUAAAUCUAUCUCCAGGUAGAAAUGUUGCUUUAAAACAGCCAACAAACCAAACAUCAAAUUUCUAUGACUCAUAUUACCUCUCAAGCGCCGCUGUAGAUGGCAAUGGUUAUUCAAUUUUUUCUGACGGCUCUUGCACGCACACUGCCGAGGGCGACCCUGCUCCUACGUGGAUACUGUAUUUUAAAUCAGUUGUUACAGUGACUAGUUAUACAAUCUACAACCGAGUUCAACGUGAGUAUAAUUUGAAACAAUACAAUGACCGACUUUAUAAAUGUGAAUUUGUGUUGGAAGAUAUGAUGGAUAUAAAAAGAUGUUGAUGCUGAAACAAUCAUUGACCACAUUGUCAAACAUUUUCGUCUUUGAUACUCAGUUAAAAAUCUUUUUUUAUUUAACCCUUUAUUGUCUAUCAUUCCCAAUUGUCUCUAAAUACUGAAUAACAAAUUAAUCUUCCCUUCACAACAAACGACUCACACAAAAAAUUCUCAACCUUGUCUCUCAAAAUACAAAGUCUUUCAUAAUGUAAUCUCUAUAAUAGUAUAACAUCUCUUCUAUUGCAACCUCUCUCAUAAUAUAAAAUUUCUUAUAAAACAAUUUCUCUCAUAAUACAACACUUUUAAUAAUAUAACUUUUAUCCUAAUGCAUUUUCACUUCAACCAUCACACAUCAUACAACCUCUCUUAACUUAGAAACCUUUCCCUACCACAUCCCUCCAUUACGCUUAUUGCAAUCUCAAACCCCAUAGUCAAACUACAUAAACUUUUUUUCCGAAAUGAACUAUUAUCUUACUGUUCUCACUUCAAAACUUUACCAUUAAAACUAAACCAUGACAACAACCACAGCCUUUUGACAUUACAUUGUCCCUUUGUUAUAGCUUCGUUUGUGUCUUUUUCACCUCAUGUUAAUCAAACGCCAUACUAGGUUAAUUUUCAGCACCUAAAAAGAAUUAAAGGGAGGUUACCUAAGACAUUAUAUAUCACAGUGUUAAUCCCGUUGAUUCAAUGUGUAAUAAAACAUUAAUUACACUACCUCUUCCUUUACCCAUCAGCUCCCCGUUCCUAGUGUUCCGAAUUUACAUCCACAUUCUGUAAUCGAAUUAAUAACAUUCACAUCUUUAUCAAACAAAUACAACACCUGUCACAUUUAAAACGCCAAUUUGGUUUUGCUUUUUGCCCAUUAACCGGCCUUUAUUUAUAAACCUUGAUAAGUCAUCUCCCCCUACCCAUAUUGGCUUCCAAAAGUAAAUAGAGAUGUGACUAUGGAAUCCUCAACUCACGCAUUUUAAUUAAAUUUUAAAAAAAAUAAAAUAAAUACAAAUUUAAAAAAAAUUCGACCAAAACAGAAUUCCGAUCUAUAAUUUGUAUGGACAUAUAUUGAGAUCCUUUUAUUUAUACAAAAGAAAAAAAUAUUUACUCACUUUGCUUCCAUGCUAUUUUUUUAAUUAAUUAUUUUUUUAUGAGUCAAAGCAAAUCACUAAUUUUAUUUUUCCUCUCAUGAAUAUCUAAAUGCCAAUCUUUAAGCUGUUUGUUUAAUUUUUUUAAUAGAUAUUAUAUUCCUGGAAAUGUAACCAGUGUUUCUUUCAGACAUUUUUGCCCGGUGGGGCAUUUCAAAUUUUUUGGUGUGUGUGUGGGGGGGGGGGGGGUUGUCUUUUUUAUUAUAUUCCUGGAAAUGUAACCAGUGUUUCUUUCAGACAUUUUUGCCCGGUGGGGCAUUUCAAAUUUUUUGGUGUGUGUGUGUGGGGGGGGGGGGCUGUGUCAUUUGCCAGUGACCAGAAGCGUGGCUACGGGGGCAGAUAGGGCAUAUGCCUCGGACACCAUUCUUAGGUCUAAAUGAUACUUAUUGGUUAAAAAUAAACAGUUUCAGAGUUGAGGGGUGGGACUUAAAAAUGAAUCUUUCCCCCUCACACCAAACACUUUAGAUAGACCCCUUCUAGGGAGGUCGAAAUAGGGUGGGUCCACAGAGGUUCCACCUUUUCCUUAUAUGCACGUGUGUCAUUUUCAGACACCUACAAACUCUGUAUUGUGAUAGGGAGGACGACAAAAAUAUUUGCCCACCCAUGGCGGCAGUAAAAGCUGCACCACUAAGCCAUGUAUCUAUCAAUACCAAAAUCGGCGAUCACGUUCAUCGGGAAGUAGGGCGGAAAUUGAGGGCGCAGAUGAAUCUUGAUCCAUAAAUUGAUCUCCAUAUUUUUUUUUUUUUUUUCAAAAUCAAUAUGUGAAUUUUUGACGAUCUUGACUGCAAUGUUUCAAUUAUACUUUUAGAACUGGGAGAGAAAUUUUUAAGGUUUUGUGGGAGGCAUUAUAGCGUCUAGUGUCAAACAUAAACUGAAUUUACUCCGUUUGUGGCGUGCCCCUAGAGUAAUCAUUACGCACAAGCUUAAAAUCAGACGCAGAAUGUAUCAUUUUUCAGCGUGAGUAAAGGGGUCCAGAUAUUUAGGAAGCUAAAGACUGUUGGGUAAAUUCAAAAUGCAAUGUUGCAUUCUGGCGCAUAAAUGAAUUUGUUGUUUCUAUCAGACAAUUUUGAGGUUGCAAGUUGCAUUUCAAACUUUUGGUUGUGGAGCACAAAAUUAGCCAAAAUAAUGAUUAAAGAAUUUUAAAUUCCGCACCAGUGUGAUUUUAAAAAAAAAAAUUCUCGUUGUGUCACCCUUAAGGGUAAGCUUAAUAUUCCGCACCAGUGUGAUGUAGACAAAAUGCAGUCUAGUAGUGUCACCCUUAAGGGUAAGCUUAAUAUCGCCUCUUACAGUGGCCGGAAAACUCAUUAGUUAAAAGAGCCAGAAAUCAGCAGGAAGAACGAUUAAAAAAAUUUGAGAGCCAUUUUUCUUUUCAAGAACUUGUCAAGAACAAUGUUUUUGGAGUCAAAACAUCUUUGUGGCCGACUGUCGAGCCGCACUCAGGUCACUAAAGAGCCACGGUUUUCCGACCAAUGUCCUAUUAAAUAUUUAUAGCCCACAGAAAAUUUGUGAUCAAUUAAAAUAACAAUAAUGCAUUAUAUAAAAUAUCUAAAUUUUAGUUUUGCAACAUUCUACACCUAAAUGGAGAGAAAUGGAAGAGAUGCUAAUUUGAAAAUGUAGUUGUCAUUUAACCUUAGAACCAUCGUGUGCACCCCAAAAGCCUUACGCUGCUGGGAGCCGCGGAUAUUUUAGAGGUUUAAAGAUGUGAUGAGGAUAUUUUCUUAAUGAUCAUCUUCCUAUGCAGGGUGCAAAAAAGGAUUUGGGGGUGGGAGUGGAGUGGCAAAAAAGAAAAGUGCUUGACCUACUUAUAUUAUGCACAAAAAAAAAUGUAUGACUCAAAAUAGUAAUAUGCCUUUUAUUUUUACAUUAUUUGGUAGAUACUUAAUUAAUAAAUGAAUUUUCAGCACAUAAAAGUAAAAAGGGUUACGUCGCUAAAAAGCACAGCAAGCAUAAUUUUAUAUGCCAAACGCAAAUGGAAAAAAAACAACUUACUAAUAAUAAAUAGAUUACCUUUUCUAAAUAUUUCCUAAUUUUAUCAGAGUCAAAACGAAAAAAAUUCUAUAACUUAGAAGGGUCAAUAUAUUUUUAUGGGGUGAGAAAUCUGGUCAUUUGUAUAAGUCGAAUAUAUGAACGGCAUAAUUAUUUUAAAAAAGACAUAAGUUGCUUACAAAAGACAUUAUAAUUAUUAAUGUGUGAUUUUAUCUAACGGAAAUCGUAUGCAAAUAAAGUAUAUAUUUCCCAAUAUUCAGUUGAUUGAAAUGUUUAUUUGUAAUUUGAAAACACAUUUUUCAGAUAAAGUAAAAAUGGCCGCUUAGAUAUACUUUAAAACACUUUUUUUUUUACCAAACCACAGAAUUUACUUUCAAUUAAAUAAAUUAGGAAUAAGAUUGUUUUCUAAAACUAGUACCAACAAAAUUUCUCUAUAGAAAUAUCAAUUGAAAUGCUAGUUCACAAAAAAAAAUUUUUUUCUUGCUCUUUAAAAAAAAAUUUAUUAGCUGUCUGAUGGAUUACUAUCAAGAAAAAAAAAAAUUUAAAAAUUAAUGCAAAAAAUGGUGCGUACUAAAUAUAGGCUAUAUACUAAGACUUUCAUAACCUCUGUUAUCAGGAAGAAUUGUUAAACAAGUAGCACAUUAAAAGAAAACACAAAUGCUUUCGAUAUAAUAAUUGAUGAAAUGUGUCCUUUUUGUAGGCGUACGUUAAAAUCUUAUUUUUAAACAAAAUUAUCUCAUUUUCAAAGUUUCCAUUUGAUGUAACUUAACACACAUAAAAUAGAUUAAAUAUAUUUUUUUUAAAGACUAUUGCCAUCAUCUAAUUUAUGAUAAUCAUUAAGAGACAUUUGAACAUUGGGCUCUAUAAAUUUGACUAGCCAAUAUGCGCGGCUUCUCUCCAGAUUAUCUUCGUAAAAACAACCUUUUACAUCUUGUUAGCUAAUUUCAAAAUUAAGAACAUCCUAAAUAAACACCUAAAAUAAUUUUAAAAGUACCUCCUCUAAAAAAUAUUUUAAAAUUGACAUCACAAAGUGAUUGUAUAUUGUAUCACAAUGUUCAAUUUCACUUAUGUAUGUAGCUUAGGCCCCUGUAAGGGAACAUUUAUAUUGAAAUUUCAAGAGACUUUCAAAAUUAUCUUCAAAUUAUAAUCCAAAACAUUUGAGGAAACUCAUUGAAAAUUAUGCAAACAUAAUAAAAAAAAAAAAGGAAAUGUUUUUAGUCUUAAAAUAAUUUCAUAAUAAAUUAAGCUUCUGGAAUAGCCUAAAAGUUUUAUGGAUCAUUUUUAUCAGAUAAAUAUGCCAUAUUGAGAAAAUCCUCAGGAAAAAUAGAAAUCAAUAGAAUUCAGUUAAAAUUUCAAUAAAUCUUUGUAUCCCCGUGGAACAAUAUAGAACUUUCUGGAGCAUUCUAUGGUAAUUUAAUGUCCCCCUCGAAAGGUGAGACAAAUGACUCUUUCCCUUAACUAUUUGCUAUAGCUAUAACCAUUUUACAUUUAUAUUAUAAGAGGGGAAACGUUGAAGUGACUUUACAUAAGAUACAGUCAAUCCCUGUGAUUGGGCGACCUAUAAAAGAAUUCAAAUACAUUAUGAAAUUAAAAUUUAAAAGAUGUCUAAUUGAAAUCAUUUAAAAAUACCAAAGAUCUACUAUUAUUGAGCUUUCUGGAAAAUUCUAGACUGGCCCUGAAUUGAUAGAACUUAAUAAUGUUUUAAUCCACCGAUAUUUCAUUACGGACUAAGACGGGUAUUGCGACGAAGCUAGGCUUAGAUAAAUCUAUUCACAUAUAACAUGUAGUGUUGCUAGGCUAUUUGCUUGUACAUUACUUAUGUAAGGAAAGAUGAAUACGCCCCAGCCUCAAAGGAAUAAUUAUUAUGAGUUUAGUACCAUUCGGUAUUUGAAUAGGGUUGAUGAAGUUAAUGUGUUCUAAGUUUGGUAAAGAUCCUUCCAUUCAUGGGGUUUAUUAGUUACAAUCAUAUAAGAAAAUGCAAAGAAUUUAGGGCUCCCAGUGCACUGAUGCAUUUUUUAAAAAGUUAAAACUCCCCAUUAUUUGAUUCGGAGACUGAAGGAUAUUUGUGCCAAUUUGAUGAAGAUAAAUCAAAUAAAUCCAUGUACUAACACACGUUGAACUAAUCCACAAACAAACCCAGAAUUUGUCAUUCUUCUCUAUAAUAUAUGUUACGGUCAAUUUCAUUAUUCUGAGCAGUUUUCAUAAUGCUUGUUCAUUAUAAAUAAUGACCAAUGAAAUCAGGCUAUUUAAUAAUUUUGUAUUUUUCUACUACACCUAAUUUAUUACAUUGACCGGUCAUUGUGAACACUGCUAUUAUUUCUCUGGUCACUUUAAUUAAUUGAGAGCAAUUUGGCAUCGUGCGUAUGGUGUAGCUUAUGUGCUUUUGGAUAUUGUUACCAUUUUUGGUGCACCUACUAUUUUGCAAAGUGAUAAUGGGAGAGAAUUUGCUAACAAUACUAUUAAAGAACUAUAAAGCAUGUGGUCCGAGCUAAAGAUUGUACAGGGGAAGGCCAGACACUCUCAAAGUCUGGGCUCCGAAGAGCUUGCGAAUCAGAAAAUGGAAAAUAUGCUUUGUUCGAGGCUGGAAGACAAAAACAGCAGAAAAUGAUCAGAAGACUUACGGUUUAUUCAGAUUAUGAAGAAAAUAGCUCAUCAUAGUGUUAUAAACUGUAUUCCGCAUGAGUCCAUGUUUGGAACAAAGUUAAAAAUUUCUACCUUCAGACGUUCUGCUUAAUUAUUAAGUUAAUAUAAAUUAUAAAGAUGACUUAGAAGUAAAGUAAAAGAUAAAACAAUUUACAGUCUGUAGAAGAAGGUGCACUGCAAAAUAAACCAGGGUCGAAUUCUUUAGCGGAGCUAGGUCCAAGUUAACAUAACGAGGAGGAACUAUCUAUUGAUAGUUAUGUUCAACCUUCAACUUCGUUAUUCGAACUAAUUUCUGAUUUCCAUAACAAGAAAUAGAAAUAAAUGACUCCGAUCAUCUGAUAUUCAAGUCUCCGGUACUGAAAAACGCGCGUAUGAAGGUUAUGAAGAUUGCUCAGAGGAUCCCAAUUUAAAAAAUAAAGAAAAGCUGACAUAUAAAAAAUUAGGGAGAUUUCAGCAAGCAAUCUAAAAAAAAAAACUAGCUGAACAAAUGCUUCAAACUCCUUAUUCAAAAAGCCCUGCCGCUAAAAAGGGUGACACAGUUAGAGAUCGAGUCCCAGAUGACGACAGAGGUCGCACCGAUGGAAGAAAUAUAUUGGCAUUUCUUCUUGAAAUAACAGAAACUAAUCUUUAUAAAUUCGGCACAGAACAUGGAACCCUAAAUCAUCCUUAAGCUAGGAACCAAUGUACAAUAUGUAAUGAAACGUUUAUUGAUGCCAAAUAAAUUUCAUUACGAAAAUGUGAACUAAUGUCAUCCAAGACUUGGGACAAGGCUAUAGUCUAUGUGGCUGUAAAUGUGGCUGUAAAUCUGAAAAGUGCAAGUGCCGUAAAGAAAAAAACCUAUGUAACUUGAAAUAUCACCAAAGUGGAAGCUGCUCUAAUAAAUGGAAACUCUAAGAUGUGACAUUUUGUGUGUAUAUGUAUUUGUAAAUACAUACCUAAUAUGUUUUUUUUUAGUUAUGCGUGCGUGUUUUUUAUACUUAUUUUAUCACCACCAGUUUGUUUCGUAUUUGUUAGUUAGGUAUUUAAACAUUUGUUAAAAUAAUAUCCUCUUUUUCUUGAAUGAAGUGAAAUAAGAAUACAAAUUUUCUUAAAUUGCCCACUCGAUUUCAAACAUUAUUCAUAAUGCCCGGGCAAUGUAAUAUAUUUUAUAUAAUUUUCAUUUAGUGACAUCCCAUUGGGCACUUUUUAAAAAUCCCGGGCAUUUUAAAUAAUGCCCAAUUAUUUAGAUUGACCGUAAUCUUUGUUUAUAUAUAUAUGUAUAUAUAUAUAUAUAUAUAUAUAUAUAUAUAUAUAUAUAUAUAUAUAUAUAUAUAUAUAUAUAUAUAUAUAUAUAAGAUAAGAUUCUUUUAUUGAUCCAAAUGAAUGGAAAUGUUUUUUGAUUGCAUUGUACAUUUUCAGCUAAAAAGUAAAACAAUUUGAACACAAGACAUUUAUAAUAAAUUAUUUCAAAUAACCAUUUAUUGAGUUCUCUUAGCAAAAUCUUAUUAGUUCUCAUUCAGAUGUAUGACUUUAGAGAAAGCAUGCCGGUAAAUUCGUACAGAUUGGGGAACAAACGAAUUUGUAUAUAUGUCAGCCCUCGCCCUGAACGGUUCGAUCCUCAGUAUCUGUGAUGAAGAGGCUGGGAUGUAUCAUCCAAAAUGUGUUUAGUUUUGCAAAAACAUCUUUCUUCAAAUAGUUCUUCAAGUAAAGGAAGUUUAGUUUGUGUUAUGCUCCUAGCUUUCUUGAUUAGUCGGUUUAUGCCGUGUUUAAUAUCAGAUGUUGAAUUCCAACACCAGCAGGUAAUAUUGAAAUUAAGCAGGCUUCCAAUAGUUGCACUGUAUAAUAAGUUAACGACUUCCUUGUUUACACCAAAAUCGUACAGUUUUUUGAGGUAGAACAGUCUUUGGUUGAAUUUCUUAUACAAGAUGUGGCCGUGCUCAUGCCAUGUUAGCUUAUUAUUAAUGGUGACACCUAAGUACUUGUAGGCCUCCACUUUCUCCACAUUUUGAUUUUUUAUGUUGAGAUCUGUAAUCUGGUGUUUCCCCCUCCUAAAAUCAAAAAACAUUUCUUUAGUUUUUGAGACAUUCAACUGGAGAAAAUUUUCAUCGCACCAAUUGAUAAAGCUCGUAAAUAAGUUGUGGUAUAGGCCUUCUCCUUCAGAUAUUAAACCAACAAAGGUGGUAUCAUCAGCACAUUUUAAGAUUGGAAUGGUGUCACUUGAGCUUUGAAUAUCAUUGUUGUAUAUAUGGUAUACAGUACGGGAGAGAGAACGCAGCCUUGUGGUGCCCCGGUGCUUAUUUCUCUGGUUAGAGAUACUUGGUCAUUUACUUUGACAUAUUGUGGUCGAUUUGUUAAAAAGUUCAGUGUCCAAGCCUGAAUAUUUAAAUUGACACCUAAGAAGGAAACUUUCUUUAUCAUAAGGUGCAAUUGGAUAGUGUUAAAUGCUGAUGAGAAGUCUAAGAAAAGCACUCUGGCAUAUGUUUUAGGACUGUCUAGGUCAGCGGUUCUCAACCUGUGGGUCGUGACCCCUUUGGGGGUCGAAUGAAGCUCUUCCAGGGGUCGCCUAAGACCAUCGGAAAAUCCAUAUGCUCUACAGUUAUGAAGUAGCAACGAAAAUAAUUUUGUGUUUGGGGGUCGCCACAACAGGAGGAAUUGUAUUAAACGUUCGCGGCAUUAGGAAAGUUGAGAACCACUGGUCUAGGUGAUGGUAAAGUCUCUCCAACAAUAGUAAGAGUGCCACCUCUGUACUUCUGGCAGGCUUAUAAACAAAUUUGGUGAGGGUCAAGUUUUCGCUGUACUUCAUUCAAAAUUUCUUUCAGAAUUAUUUUCUCGAAACAUUUCAUGACAAUAGAGGUAAGUGCAACAGGUCGUAAGUCGUUGUUGCACGUUACCUUAAUUUUCUUUGGAAUUGGUAUUAUUUCUGAAGUUUUCCAAAUUACUGGUAUUGUGUGAGUUUCAUAAGAUUUAUUAAAUAUGUAAAAAAAAUGUAGGAGAGCUGCUGUGAACAUAGCUUAAUUAGCCGACCACUUAAUUUGUCUGGUCCCGAGGCUUUAGUUGCGUCCACUUGGUUAAAUAGUGACAUCACUCUAUGUUCGGGGAACAAUAAAGUACCAUCCUGUGUACUACUGCAAUCUUGAAAUGAAUUCAUCAUCUCAUUGUGCACUCUUCCAAAGUCCAGGCUGUCAAAACGACAAUAAAAGUCAUUUAAGUUGUUAACAAAAUUCCUUACAUCCACAACACAUAAGCAUUCUCGAUUAGGAGUAUAUCCUGUUAUUUUCUUUAGUCCUGCCCAACAAGCCAUUGAAUUGUUAGUAGUGAAUAAUUUUUCGAUUUUUUGCUUGUAUUUUUUUUUACCCUGAUAUAUUUUUUCCUUCAAUAAUGUUUUAGCUUUCAUGAAUUCCUGGUCGUUAAUCUUAAACAUGUUCUUCUUGUGGUGUAUGGCCUCUUUUAUUUCUCUGCUUAUCCAGGGUUUGUUUUUGUUGUUACUCGGAUUGCUUUUUGGGAAUAAUGUCGUCUACACAGAACUUAAUGUAGGAAUUGACAGUGUUUGUGAGCUCGUCAAUGUCCGGGCAAGAGUUGAUAAACGUGUCCCAGUCUGUACAUUCAAAGCAGGCUUGAAGUUUUUCUGUCGCCUCAUCUGACGACAGUUCAAUCGUUUUUUAUUGAAUUUUUUAUGUUUUUAAAACUGGCUUAUAGCAUGGCGUUAGGCGGACCAUUGUGUGGGCAAAUUCCCCUAGAGGAAAUAAAGCACGACAUUUGUAGGCCUUUUUUAUAUUACCAUAACACAUAUCCAGAGUUCGGCCUUGUCGCGUGGGGCAAGUAACAUACUGGUUGUAAGUUGGCAUGGAUUUAUUUAUUGGAUAUCCAAAAUUAAUAUUUAUGUAUAAAUUUCUCACCCAUAGAUUUCAUUAAAAUAUUUCCUCAUAUCGGUUAUAAUAUUCAAAACUAACUUUCAAAUAUUUGAUAUUUUUCAAAACAUUUUUCUUAUGUACAAAUAGUAAUAUAAAUUUGAAAAAAAUGUAUACGUUUAAUUCUUAUUGAAUAAAGAAUAAAAAUUAUACAAAGUUGUCCUCGAAAAAUUCCAUGUAUGAUUUAAAAAAAAAUGUUUUAUUCAUCAUUCCUAUAAUCAGCUUUAUUAAGUUACAACAGAGAAGCAGAUCUUUUCAGAUUGAAAGGAUUUAUUCUUAGAACAUUCGACCAAACAAAUAACAUUGUACAAAAUUACACUGAUACUGAGACAUCAGUUUUGGAGGUGUACAACAUUCUAUCAACUGAUCCAUGGGCUCAAGUUUCAAAGGUUCAAAUGACAGCAACAGAUACAACAAAUCUACUUAUACUAACUCUGUGUGAAGUGGAGAUUUUUGGAGGUGAGUAAAAUUUAAAGAUAAUUAUCUUCUUAAAAGCCUAGAUUCAAGCCGACAUUCAAUUUUUCAUAACGUACACAUGGUUUAACUUUAACUAUUAUAACACAGAAUGGAACAAUCAUGAAUUGGAAAUUUAAGCGCCGAGUUCUUAAAAGGCGUACGAAAUUUUAUUGCGAAAAUGCUAUACUGAAGUUGGUGUACGCUUCAUAAUAAUUUAAAUAAUAGAAUGAAAAAUAAGUUAUUAUUGUUGCUUCCCCCAAAUGAUAAAUGAAGCAAUUUUUACAAUAUCAUUUUCUAGUGAUGAUAUGUGUACGUUUUUACCCAAUACUCAUUGGCUGAAUUUUGAAUAUUAAAAUCGAGCGCAAUUCCUGUUAAAACCUUUUCCCAUAAUUUUCCUUUUCAUCGAACUUAUCUCAUCAAUGUUUAGUACAAAUGUAAUUUAUUAGAUUCACAUGGUCCAUCAAGAUAGAAAAACGUCAUUCUGUUUUUGAGUAAUCACUUGAAGUUGAAAUUUCAUGAAAUAUAGAGCGUUCAAGGGAUUAACGAGAUUUUUACUAAUUGGGCCAGCUUGAGCAAGUCAUAAACAUGAAUAACAUUUGAAUUGAUCCAGGAUUAAAAGACCGAAAUUAUCACAAUCUAUUUCUUGUACACGAAAUAUUGAUUCAAAAUCUUAAAAAUCUUUAUUUUCAGAAACUGUUGGCAUGCAUAGCAAACGGGAAAUCCUUAAAUGUUUCAAUGGAAGCUAAUUAAUAGUUGAGAAUUAAAAUGCAGAUUCAUCCAAAUUUUGCUUCAAUUUUUUUUUCGGGGGGGGGGGGGUACAGGGAUUGUUUCUUUUUUUUGGGGGGGGGGGGGGGUACAAUGAUUGCUUACUUUUUUAUGACAUCAUUCCCAUUCUGUAUCAACUUCAGGCAAAUUUACCUUUAAUGCAGCACACACAAACAAUUUGUAUCGACUUCAUGAAUUUGUUUAUAUAUGCAACGCCCCUCUACCGCUUCUAUUGUGUUGCAAAUGACAUUCUAAAUAAAACUUUGUUUUGUUUUGAUUUACUGCAUACAUUAAUUGAUAUAACUAGUUUAGAUCCCUUUCCUUUAAGUUUGCUAUUUAAAUGAGGUUUAUCAAAUACAUAAUUUUUCAUAUGUAAGUAUAUAAAUACGAGCUGGCAAAACAUCAUCUUUUUUCUGGUUCUGGUAGGGUACGGUACUGAAUUCAUGUACUGAUAUAAGUGGAAAGAGCAAGUGGAACGGAUGGAGAAGCGAUAUAGCUAUCCUAUUGGCUCCUUGCGGAAGCCAGGGCAGUCUUAAAGCUCUCGAUUGACGUCGAGUCAUCGACUGCAAUGUCCAUGUGGUUACAAGCGAUUAUUGUGCGUGGGAAGAUAUGAUUGUUUAUAUUGGUCUGUGUUCUUCGGGCUCGUUUCUGCAUCCUAGUACUGGCAUAUGUGCAACGGUUGCGGAAGCUACGCGAGGGCAGCCUAGAAACUAUCGAUUGAUGUCGAGUCCACGGCGGCAUUCUCCAGGUGGUUACAAGCAAUUAUAAUUGGGGGGAUAUAAUACUUUUAUAAUAUAUUAUUAUUAGACUGAGUUACACCGAGGCACAGAGAAGCAUUUACUAUUGUUCCGGAUGUAACUGCUCAUGGAGUUCUCAGAGGUAAAGUCAAUGUUUAUUGAGCCAUAGUUUAUUGGCUCUGAUUAAGUGACCAUACUUCUGUGGGGUGAGAUACAUGUUAGAUGGGAUGGUUACUAUUCCCGUUAACACUUUAUAUACGAAUAUAGGCUGAACUUUUCUCGUCUGUAUUUGAAGGAGGGGAUGUUAAAUCUUUUUAAGAGGCUAGUGACGAAGCCAGGAGUGAUGGAUUUGUAGUCACUUGCGAUGAGGCGCACUGCGUUAUGUUGUAUUCGCUCCGUUUUUUCCACAACUGGCAUUAGGUAUAAGACCCAGAUGAUCGCACCAUAUUCUAGUAGUGGACAGACGAGUGAGAUAUAGGCAUUUCGGUUGCAGGAAGUUAGGGAGUGGCGCAUAUUUCUUCAAAUGAAACUUAGUGCCUUAGUUGGCUUUUUAAAACAAAUUGUUCAGAUGCGGUGACCAUUUUAGAUUAUUUGAGAAGCCAAUUUCAAGGAAUGGAUUAUUUGAUACUUUUUAGAGAAUGGUCUUGUUUAGCGGGUACAUAUAGGUUUAUGUGUUUUUUUUUCUUGAGAUGCUCUUUGUGUAGCAUUUUGUUUCGCUAAAUUGUAUGGCCCAUUUGUCCGCCCAAUUCAUAAGGUACUUCAAAUCUGCUUGCAGGUGGUUAUGGUCAUCUUAGGGUUUAUGUCUCUAUAGACAAGACAAUCAUCUGCAAACAGCAUUACGUGGUUUUUUACAGUAUCAGUGAGAUAGUUUAUGUGAAAGGAAAGGGAAGGGACCCACUGCCGUGACUUAAGAUCUUCAGUGGCAUUGCCUGAUUGGACGCAAUCAACCACUACUUGCAUGGUUCUUUGUGUUAUGAAUGUUGAGAGCCACGAGUGAAGUUUACCGGUAAUGGCGUAGUUGUGGAGCUUGUGUAGAUUAAGGCUGUGUGGAACAGUUUCAAAAGCCUUGGAGGAUUCCAGAAUCUCCAUGUCGACCUUGUUAAAUUUGUCAUAGGAGGCAAUGAGGUCAUUGGUGUUGAUGAUUAAUUGAGUCUCUGUUAAUAAUCCAGAGCGGGAACCGUGGAUUAGGCUGGUCAAAAUGCUUUAGUGUUCAAGGGAAUUCAUGAUGUGGCAACAGAUGAUGUGUUCUAAAAUUUUGCAUGGGUUGGAGAUCAGGAAAAAUUUGGGUGGUAGAUUUUUUGGGUUAUGGCUUUCACCUUUCUUGCAGGCACUAGUGAUAUUUGCAUUGAGCCAGUCUAACGGGAGAAUGCCUAAGUCAAGCGACUUUUGGAAAAUGCGGGUUACAAGUUGUCAGCCAGGGUCUUUAGGACAAUUUUCGGGAUAAAGUAAGGUCCGAGCGCUUUAUUGGGCUUCGUUUUUUUUAGAAGUUUGGCUACUCCUGGGUCAGUAAUGAUGAGAAGACUUUAUGUACUAGGUGAAGGUUUUAGGGAUGGUAUGACUGGGGUUGAAAAUUUUUCUGAAAACAGAUUGAAACUGCCUAAGGAGAAUUUCUGCUUUGCAUUGGCUAUCGCUUAUAAGUUGUCCGUUUUCAAGGAAGGCAGCUGCGCCAAUGCUGUCUUGCUUCUUGGAUUUUAUGUAGCGCCAGAAGGGUUUUGUGUUGUUGUUUUUGAGGCCUUCUUCUCCUCUUCUUAGUUCCCUACGACAGUGUUUGUGGAACUGGCUGUACAGGAUUCAGUUGUUAAUAGAUUGGGCUUCCUUCAAUUGUCUUUUCAUUUUCUUGAGUAGCUUCUUUUAGCCAUGGUAGAUUACAUUGAAUCUUUGCUUUGGCUGAUGGGACAUUUUAAUCAGUGCUGUUGGAUAAGGAGUUUUUUAUAAGAAACUAUUGCUACGGAUGUAAUUGCUAAUGGGUUGUAAGAGCUCAAGUCGGUGUUUAGGAGCAUUUUGCUCUGAUUAAGUGAUCUGGCUUCUGUGGGGUGAGAUACGUAUUUCCAGGGAUGGCCGGCACUAGCUCCACGACCAUUUUAUAUAUGAGUGUUAGGCAGAGCUUUUCUUGUUUGUCUUUGAGGGAAUGGGAUGCAAAAUCUUUUUAAGAAGCCAGUGACGAAGCCAGAAGAGGUAGAUUUGUAGACAUGUGCAAUGAAGCGCACUGAGUUACGUUGUAUUAGCUCCAUCUUUUCCACGUCUUGCUUUAGGUGUGGGUCCCAGAUGAUUGCACCAUAUUCUAGUAGUGGACGGACGAGUGCAAGUUAAGCGAUCCGUUUUCAGGAGGUUGGGCAAUGGCGCAGAUUGUUUCGAAUAAAACCAAGUGUGUGAGUUGGCUUUUUUUUUUUAAUUGUGUUCUUAUGUCGUGACCAUUUUGGGUUAUUUCAGAAAUUUUUUUUAAGGUAUUCAUUAUUUGAUAUUUGUUGGAGACCUGUCUUCUUUAAGGAGAACAUAAAAUUGAUUUGACUUCGUUAAAUUUCAUCCCAAAUGAGUUGUACUAUCAGUAAACAUAUUAGUCAUUUGUCAAGGCAGGUUUUUCUUUACAUUUUGAAAAUAAAUUAACUUUUUUUCAGGCAGAGAUACAGCGAGACGACUACAGUGUCAGAGUAAUUUUGCAUUUUAUUUUUAAAUAGUAUCCUAUUGGUUCUGGUGCACAAACUUAUCGGAUGUCCAAAUUUUGUAGAAUUGUUUUCAUCGUAACAACUCUUUUAAAUGUAUUGAAAAAUGUAUUAUAACUCUUUAAUCCUAAAGACGAUUGAAUAUUGAUGUGGCAAAUGAAUUUGCAGCUUAUAAAUGUAUUAUAUAAAACCAAACAAAUAUAUUGCUAUCAGUUUUCUGUCCUUUUUUUUUCAUUCUGAAUAUAACGACAUCUAUAUUAUGGUGAGCCUUCAUUAUAUCUCAGAGUCUGUUUUUUUAAUUUGUAAAGGUAUCUUUAUACAUUUAUUAUUAUUAUUAUUGUGAUUCGAAUAUCAUCUGAUCAAUUAUAACUAUUUUAUGUAUCAUGUUGUCGGUGAAUAAUCUUAUUCAUGUAUCAAUCAAUCAACUUAUACUCUAGUCACAUUGUCAUCUUUUCAAUUCAUCAUCUCGACAAUUUAUUAUCUGAUAUAGAUAUAUUUUAUACCUAUAGUAUCUAGUCCAGGUAUUAUCUGGUCCGUGUAUCAUCUUGUCCAUUUAGCAUCUGGCUAAUGUAUUAUGUGGUCCAUGUAUCAUGUCGUCUAUACAUCAUAUAUGGUUUAUUCAUCAUCUGUUCCAUUUAUAAUGUGUUUUAUGUAUCAUUUGGUUGAUAUAUAAUCUGGUCUAUGUAUCAUCUGGUCCAUAUAUUAUCUGGUCCAUAUUUUGUGUUGUCCAUACAUUGUGUGGCCCAUAUAUCAUCUGUUCCACGUAUCAUCUGGUCCAUAUAUAAAGGGAUCAUGUAUGAUGUUGUCCAUAUAUCAUCUAGUCAAUGUAUCAUCUGAUCUGUGUAUGUUUUGUUCCGUGUACAAGCUAGUCCAUGUAUCAUGUGUACCAUUUAUUACAUGGUCCUUUUAAUUUGAUCUAUGUAUCAAGUUGUCCAUGUAUAAUCUGGUCGGAGCAUUAUCUUUCUAUCAAUUUCAGAAAGAUCAAUAUCAUUAUUCUAAAUUUUGAUUUCAGCACAUCUAUCAACCAUUUUUUUCCACAUCCAGUGGUGCCUCGGGUUACGAACUUAGUUUUAUAGCUUGGUUCGUAACCCAAAACAUACGUAACCCGAAACAUUGAAAUCAAUGAAAAAGUGACAAUACAUUUCAAGAUGAAAGAAUCAUUCUUUUUAUUAAUAUCCGGCCGUUUAACUGACAAAACGCAAAAAUGGGUGUACAUCAUGUAUUAAAUAAAGAGAAAUAAAACAACCUAAUGAAAUAACGAAAUAAAUGCAAAAUAAAUGAAAAUUUUGUCUACAGGGUGGCCCAAAAUCUGUGAUAACUUUGCUUUGUAGUCAGAAUCAUAAAAAGAAUCACCAACACAUAAACACAUUUGCUGAAAAGCAGGGAAUCGUUGGGGGGGGGGGAUGUUUUCUGGAUUGCGUAAUAAUUUUAGUUCAACUGUAAAUGAGAAAACAUUAUAUUAGUUCAAUUAUAUAACACUUUAAUACGAGAUGUUCUCACUUUUUAACUGAUACAUUAGUUAAUUAACAUCUUCUAUUGCACCUGUAUGUUUCGUACCACGAAAACGAUCAUGGUAAAUGUAUCACAAUAUAAAGGUGGAUUCAAUGGUCUUAUUCGUACUGAUAAUUGGGCAGAUUUCACUUUUAUCACUGUAGGCGGUCUUCUUACCCUUAGUGAAUCAUUACUCAAAUCGAGGAAACAUACAUCUUUUCUAACCGAAAUCGACAAUUUUUUUUUUUUUAAAUGACAUUUGUUUUGGACAAGAUUGGGUUUCAAUAUGUUAAAUGAUAUCAUCUGAUUUUAUUUCUUACCUGGAAAGGAGGUCGUUCGCAAAUAACGUCACACUCAGGGAGCGGAGAGUGGUCAAACAUUUGUGACACUUUGUUAAGAUUGGGGGGGGGGUGGGGGAGGGGGGUAAAAAAAUGGUUUACUUUCGUUUUUUUUUAUUUUUUUUUUUAAUUUUCAUUGUUUUUAUUUUUUAAAAAAAUCUCUAUUCAAUUAUCUUAAAGUCAUUACUUUGAAGUUGAAAUUGCCUAAGGUAUUAUAAGUAAGGUGAAACACCUUCUGCACACUCAAAAAAUGAUGCAAAAACUGUUGUGACAGUUUUACUUACGGCUCAGGGAGGUCUAUGUUUUACGUUUUACGUCACAGUUUUCUAGUAAUACUACAUCUUAAUCAAUUAUGGGAAAAUGUUAAGUAAUACAAAAAUCUUAGUUUCUUAAUGAAAGUUGUAUGUAUGUUUUGAGGUGUCACGUUAAACUAAAGAAAGUUGGGGGGGGGGGGUAAAGAAUUUGUUUCACUCUGGGGCAGGGGGUGAGGAGGGGUCUCAAAAGGUCAUUCUUGCGUAUCGUAAUUUUCGAACGAUACCUAAAUAUGAAAAUCUCUUUCAAAGAGUGGUACACUAUCAGCUGAUCUGAUUAUCAUUGCAACCUCGUCAACUUCUACGAUGGUGUAGACUUGGCAGGAUAAUAUGUUUCUUUCAGAAUAUAAGCUUGCUCCCUAAACAUCAAGUCGCCCUUGUCAACGCCGCUGGAUAACUCAAGGUAGCAUGGGACUACUCCGGGUUUUGAUUCCUUCCCUUAGAUGAGUUGCCAUCCAAGGUUAUCGGGUUCCAACCACCCGGGGCUCUGGUCACUUUUCUCGACUGGGUCCUUGGCAGAAUUUGAACCCAAAUCACUUUUGUUGUAAAUAGAAUGAGGCAGCAUCAUUAGAAAUAGAUUAAUAAUCUCAUUUAUGAAUUUAUAUGAUAAAUUCAAAUGAAAUUAGAUUUACAUUUAUGAUUUAACUAUAGAACUUUAAUGUUUAGAUCUAUGUAAGUAUAUUUUGUAUAAGAGGAACACUUUUAGUACACCAUUUUAAUUUAAGAUUAAUAAUGAUUACAUGUGACUUCUAAAAUAAUUUUAGUAUUAGAAUUAUUAAUAUUAUUAUUAUAGAGCUACUAGUUUGUAGACACGUAGAUAACAAUUAGGAAAACAAACAAAAAAGGGGGCAUAUAUAUAGUUUUUUAAAUAGCUUUCCAAACUCAUAUUAUACUAUACGAAACAGCUGUUAAAAACAUAAAAUAAAUCAAAGAUUAAGUAUGAAUUUUAUUUUAACAAGUUAUAUUUUGCAAUUUUCAAAUUGUAGAAUCAACUAAAUCUUCAAACUGCAACUCUGGAUCCUAUGGUGCUAACAGAACUAAAUCUUUUCCGCACAAAUGUAAAACGCAUAAUAAAUGUUGUUUCAGCCCACAUGUUCUGUCUCGCAAAAAUAACAGUGCAAAGUGAACUUAAAGGGAAAAAACUAUGAUGUGUAAUCGUUGUAUACUAAAGAAAUUUUACUCUAAACCGAAAUUUGAAAGCUUCACAAUUUAACAUCUUUUUUUUUUUUCUUUCUCAGACUCGGUGUGUCAAAUAGAUAAAUUCAAAUAUGGCCACGAUUGUGAAAAUGUCUGUAACUGUGCUGUACCAGGAGAAAAGUGUUUUGUUAGUACAGGAAAUUGUCCAUCUGGAUGUAAAGCUGGAUUUUAUGGACAAGGAUGUAACAAAAGUAUGAAUUUCUAAAAUGGGUUUGUCCAUUAUUUCAUGCAUAUUUUGGUUUCAGAAGCUUUAAAACACUUUUAAAAUUCAAACACGAAGACCCCAAUGCCUCCUCUAGGAUGGUUUUUAAAGGUUAUCAGCUUUUCUGAUAACAAGUAAAACAUUUAUUUGUUAAAAUGAAAAUUCCGUUUUAUGUCUCUUUUAAAUUAUGACCCCGGAUAUUUCACUACAUC